UGAGCGCGCGCGUGUGUGAAAAGGAGAGACGACGCGGGGCGAGAGGGAAAAAAAAAAGUCUUUCGCUCGCCGCUGAAAGCAAACAAAUCGGGAGAUGGAAUAAGAGCGGCGAUUGCUGGCUGGAGCCCGCCUGGAUCUUCCUCGCAGCAGUCACGGGAGCGGAGCGCACCGGGCGCAUCGCCGAGGACCGCCGGGGCGACCGCGGGCGCCGCCGGGGGCUGCGGAGACUUUGGCUUCUCCCCUCCCACCCCUCCUGGGUCAACAAACCUUUUGACUACUUUGACACUGUGGGAUAAAGAACAGCGACCAGAGACCGGCCUCGCGCGCUUGCACCUCCCACUUGCUUCGGGGAGGGGACCCCCCCCCCCCAGCGUGUAUGUGAAAGAUACUGCGGAGCCCCCUUUUAGCCUUCGGAGGAGGCAGCACCCACGCGCGCACCCGGGGUCACACUCGCUCGCACACACCGGCGGACUUCAGGUCCCUAUGCCCCUGGAUGGUGCCCGCGGACCGGCAUCUCCGAAGCGAUGCAUGAGCGGUAAGGCUGGCGUCGGCCCGCGGAAGCUACAGGACCAUCGCUAGGUGCUGCCGCCACCGGGACGCCCGGCUGCAGGAUGAGUAAGAGAUACUUACAGAAGGCAACAAAAGGAAAGCUGCUGAUAAUCAUUUUUAUAGUGACCUUGUGGGGGAAAGCUGUUUCCAGUGCAAACCAUCACAAAGCUCACCAUGUUAAAACGGGAACUUGCGAGGUGGUGGCCCUGCACAGAUGCUGUAAUAAGAACAAGAUAGAAGAGCGGUCCCAAACGGUCAAGUGUUCCUGCUUCCCUGGGCAGGUGGCAGGCACCACACGAGCUGCUCCAUCUUGUGUGGAUGCAUCCAUAGUGGAACAGAAAUGGUGGUGUCAUAUGCAGCCGUGUCUGGAGGGAGAGGAGUGUAAAGUCCUUCCAGAUCGGAAAGGAUGGAGCUGUUCAUCAGGAAAUAAAGUGAAAACAACUAGGGUAACCCAUUAACCACACAUAAAUCAAGCAAUCCUCAAGGAGGUUCAUGGAGACACACGCAUAGAACCUUUACUCCUGUGGUGAUCUUGAAGAUUUUUAUACCUCUUAGAAGAGGGGCUUUUAAGCCUGUUCCCAAGGGAUUCCAUGACUUGUUAUCAGCUUCCUAUUGAAACUAAGACUUUGCAAAAGUCUGAUGUGAACUUCCUGUCCUGAAGACUUCGUCAGAUGUGAACUGCUCUUGGCUCGUUACACUUCUGAGGGAAGCGGACAGUGCUCUCCGUGAAGCUGGUGCAGAGCUGGUGUUUUGGGGGUGACACCAGAGACUGCCACCUGUAGGGUUCCUGGCUUCAGCUGUGACUGUUCUUGUUUCUGAAGCUGUCUCCCAAGUCCACUGUCCUGUCAUGGAUAUGUUCCUGGGUCCUUUGUUCAUUGUCUAGUAGGACUGUACACAGCUUGGAUGACGUUUCCUUUGCGAACUCCUCUGGCAUGGCGUAGACUGAGACAAUUUUAUUGGUAUUCUAAUCUUGAAACUCUGAAAGCCUACAUGUUUUAACAUCUUACUCUUGCCUUUGUGAAAGGAAUGGAAGCAUUUCUCCAUUGAUAAUGGUAAUCAUUGGCAAGUCACCAUGAUCUGAAUACAUCAGUCAUAUAAGAAUGUAUAGACAUGCUGACAUGUUUCCCCAAGGCUAACCCAUGACUGCCACUCUCUGUCAUUUAAACAGACAGCAGUUAGGAUUGGAUUCCCAUUCCCAUUGCACAGUACUCCGUACCUCCAGCACACUUUCCCAUCCAGUUCUUUUUUUUUUUUAAAUGUACUUUCUUUUUAAUGUUUCCCUUUUCUUUCCUUUACAGAAAUCAUCAGUGUGUAGUCAAGUUAGUAGGUAGCCUUCCAUUAAAAAAAAAAAAUGCCAGGGAUGCAUGUGCUUUUCUGACUUCUCAUCACUUAUUUUUAUUCUAGCAUUUUCUUAAACCAUCCUUUCUGUCUCAUUUUAACAUUGUCUCUCUUGCUUGAUUCCAAUGACUGCUUGAAUGCUUAUAUAUUUGUUCAGUCUGUGAGUAGAAAAAAAUUGUUCAUUUUCCUUGACCUCAAAGGUCUAAAAUACUUGCUUACCAUUUUUUCCAUUCAAAUGAUUUCUUAGGCCAGUUUUUUUUGUCCAUAUUUUCUUAGCUAUCUGAAACUUGUGAUUUUUAGUUCUUCAGGAGCGUCUUACAAAUAUUUAAAGGCCUUAAACAUUGAUUUACUUUUUUCUAAGUUGUUACAGAAUGUAUAAUUUUAUACUGCAUUUAUUUUGUUUCACUUGUGAUGUGGAAAGAGAGAAUAGUGGAUACCAACAAGUAAUAAUACCAUGUAAACCUGUAGUUUGAAGGAAUGUAAAGGCAAGGAUUUUCCAUGUCUUAAUGAUUUCAGCUUGAUCAAAAGAUGCUUCACAGAUCAUCCUUUUAGAUGGUCCAUAAUUUUGGUAGAAGUGUGAAGGUAUUUGGACUUCUUGUACUUCUAAAACUCACUGACAAGGCCAGUUAACCUUAUGUUGGUUUCUGUGAUGGAGGCUUACAUGUUAUAGAGAAUUUGGUGUUAGGCUGUAACAGUAUUGAAAGAUUCAUACAUUAACCAGACCCUUUACUGGGAAGAACAACUGAAAGUGUAAAAUCUGUUAAAAAUUAAAUUGGAAACCUAUAUUUUUAAAUACUGAGCUGAAGUCAACUGCCUCAUAAAUACGUGGAAUGAAAUGAUUCCUGCGUCCCUUUUAAUUGAACAUAAAACCAAUUGGGUGGUUCCAAGUCGGUUGUGCAAUGGGUCAAGACUACACAGAGUCAAAAUGAAAGGAAUAAUAGUUGUGCUGGAUUUUCUAUGUUGAAUAACAUAUCAUUAAUUUCUUUGCACAAAAUGAAAAACUAUGUCAUUUUGAACAUUAUGAAUUUAUCCUGGGUUUGUUUGAAACUAUGGGUCAUGCUUCUCAUUUUGAAAACUUUGUCAUUUAAAACAGCGCUGGAAAUUCUGUAUUAUAUAAAAGUGUAAUACAUGCGUAUCAAUAGAAAAAAUAAAUGGAAUUUCAAAUAUAUGAACUAGAUUAUUCCCAGUAGAUUAAUGUUGUGACUAUUCAGAAAAAGUGAAUAAAAUUGGAAUAUAAAAUUGA